AUGUCUGGUUUCCCGAACCUCGAGCCAGCGUUCACCAUCCAGGUUAAAAUACAGCCUCCAACUGCUAUUGGCAGUGCUGCCCGCGGAACACAGCUUAUGGUUACUCCCAUGAUCUCAGGAACCGUCAAGAGUGAAAACAACUUUACCCCAGUUUUCAAUGGCGAAUUUGUCGGCCAGGGAAACGAUUAUAUAUACGUUGAUCCUGAUGGAAAACAUCUGCGACUCAAUGCCCAUGGUGUCAUUAAGACAACGGAUGAUGCGACCGUCUAUCUCAACUAUACGGGCAUUGUCGACAUGACCCCAGCACUCUCCUCAAUCCUGAGCGGCGAGUCAGAGUCGACAGUCACUCCUUUCGGGAAUUCAUUUACCCAUCUCACUUUCCAGACUGGCGACGAAAAAUAUGCAAGCCUUGAGACAGGCGUAUGGGUUGCAGCUGGACACUUUAUCUAUAUGAAAGGCAAUCCCACCAUUGUGGAGUAUAAAGUUAGCAAGGUUACUUACAAGGACUGA